GGGAACACAGUGGUUUGGAUGGGAAGGGCAGCUUGUACUGUACCUGCCAGGUGGAAGUAAAUGCUGCUAUGUUAUUGGUUGGAAAGAGUCUCAUGGUGUUGAUUUGCCCACUCCCAUUUUCCCAAGCACACAUACUUCCAUGAGCACAGCACACAGCAGUGCCAGACAGCAAGGUGUUACUGAGGACAAGGAAAAGAGGGAGGUUGAAACAAGCAUCAAGAAAUAAGAGAGGAGUGAUAAGAAAUACUUGAAGCCAGCUAGAGCAGUUUUUCCCUGAGAACAACCGAGAUGGCCGUCACUCCGUUCAGUCGCAGACAGUGGGCCUCCCAGUCCCUCAGAGUCACAGCUACGGAAUUGUCCAUAGUCGGCACCAGAGGAAAGAACAAUGCCAUCGCUGAGCGCUUCUCGAAGUACCAACUGGCUGCAGAGGAAGCCAACUUGGAGAGGAAGAAAGCCGCUGCGGAGCCGUCGCCACAGAUUUUCCGCAGUUGCAACCUGAGUGUGUUGAAGAAGCUUUGGGAGCAGCCUGUCCAGUCAGCCACACCUUAUGCCCCGCUACCCCACACUCGCCGCUUACUCCCCUCAGAUCCUAACGCCAAGCACCAGAUCCAGACCCAGGCAACUCAGGCCCAGCCACCUCUCUCACCAGACCCCAACACCAGUCCCACAGCCGCAGAGGACCAGGCAGGACCAGGUAUGGAGAGGAGACGGCAGCAGAGAGACCGAGAGGGGCAGGAGGGAGGAGCAGCAGCAGAAGUGCCUUGCGUCCCCAGUGAGAAGCCUGACAUACCCCUCAACAACCUCAAGAUGAUGUUCGAGAAAGGAGAGAACCUUCAGAACAAAGUGUCCAGAGAGCCUGUAAGGAUUGGAGGGACCGGAGGCAUCACUGACAACAUGGAUCAGCUACUUGGAGAUGCAGGGAGCAUAGAGUCCAUGCCCCUGAAGGACAGGAUGGCCAUGUACCAGGCUGCUGUGUCUAAAACAGAGGUGUUAUCCUCCUCAGUCAGCAGUGAUCAGCUGGACUCUGACCUCUGCAGCAAACAGAAGGAGAAUGUACCCCCAGGCAGUGUGGACACGGGUCCGGACUCAGAGCCCAACAGUAGGAAAGCAUCUUCCACAGAGAGCAAUGCAAGCUCCAGUACCGGCACCUCCUCUGCAUCCUCGACUCAGAAGGACCAAGCUCAGCCCAAGACCUCCAGGAGCUUCUGCUUGCCUGCACGGGAGAGUUGUGUGUCAUGUCAGAAGACAGUCUACCCUUUAGAGCGUCUGGUAGCCAACCAAAAGGUCUACCACAACACCUGUUUCAGGUGCUCCCACUGCAACACCAAACUCAGCCUGGGGACCUACGCCUCUCUGCACAGCCACGUCUACUGCAAGCCUCACUUCUGCCAGCUGUUCAAGGCCAAGGGCAACUACGACGAGGGCUUCGGCCUGCGCCCUCACAAGGAGCUGUGGGAGACCAAAGGAGAGAGUGGGACUGGGGAGCAACCCAGGACAGAGCCGACUACCAAGGCCACCUCCUUUUCCAAAGACAAGCUGAAGAAGUGCGCCUCUACUGGCACGCUGUUGUUCAGCCCAGCGGUAGAGGAGUCUCAACUGGCCAAGGUCAACGUGGUGACGGCCUCCCUGGAGACCCGCGCCCAGAGCUCAACAGAGAAGGACAAGCCAGUGGAAACACGUCGGCUGAAGAUCUCCUGGCCCCCCCGCACUGAAGGAGACGGAGAGGGGGGUAACAUUGGGGCCAGCCCCACCUCAGACGGGAGCUCCGCUGGGAAACAAUCCCGUGCUAAGUGGCCCCCAGAGGAUGACUCAGCCUUCACCGACCAGAGCCCAGAGUCCACCGUACGCUCCACCCUCUGCAGGAGCGCCUCCCUCAAGGAGCGUAGCCGACCCUUCUCAUUGGCCAUGGCCUCCCAUGCUCCCGCUCUUGCUGCCAGUCAGACAGCCAAUCCUGAGCCACUUGAGAGGAGGUGCUCAUUCGAGGACAGGGAGCCUGAACUGGCCUGUAGCCCUGAGGAACAAGGCAUGGAGGACCAGGAACAACCAAACAGCCUGUCACCUGACUACCACACGCCUUCUGACGACAGCUACGUGGACAUCCACACCAGCUCUGAGGACGAGGGGAUGGAGGGGAGAGUCGCACGUCUGAAAGACCACCACGAAUUACUAGAAGCAAACCAUGAACAGGGAACAAAGAAUGACGGGGAGGAAGAAGAGGAAGAGGAAAAGCUGGAGGGAGAAGAGGAGGGAGCAGGAAAAGAGGGGGAAGGGUCACCUUCUCAAAACUGCCAGACUGGCUCGUCAGAGAUUGCCGCGCCCCCCUCAUCUCUGGAGACUGAGCCGAGGUCCAAGACCAGCCGCACGUCUCAGGAUGUGGGAUUCUGGAACGGCGAGGAGGCCGUGUCUGUAGAGGAGAUGAUUAAGAGGAACCGCUACUAUGAGGAAGAUGAGGAAGACGAGGACUGAAAGAGACUGGACUGGCGUUUCUCAUGCCAUGAAAACGAUCAGCCAUUAUCACCACACUGACUGUUAACUUCCUCCCCUCUCUUCAUUUCCCUGUUACUAAGGAACAGUGUCUGGCUGCGUUUGGUGCAAUGUCAGGUGUUAUACUCUCUCUGAGCUCCAUUUGUGCCUCUGAACUAUCACCUCAAUUGGAGUGUGCAAGUCCUCAGAAUAUCUACAUUGUUAGUUUUCCAUAAUAUAGAUUUAUUGGAGCACAGAUCAGUCUUAUGUUUGUGUAUCAUUCAACGCUAAUUUUAAGAUAUUCCAUUAUCUGAAACUACCUAUUGUGAUCAUUUAUUUCUGUCUAUUCUACCUUAGCUCUGGAUGAUGGUACAGUAAAAAACAAARGAAUGCUGAUGAUACCAACUGAACCCAGUGAAUGAGACAUAUGAGUCUGUAUUUAAAGAGUCCGAUGAAUGUUUUUAAGGUGGAUUGUUUGACCAGAACAGCAGGAGAGCUCAGCUGAAAGGACAGGAUGGGUUUUCACCAUAUUCAUUCUGCUUGUUAUCAUUGUUUGUAUGAAUAAAAAAAAAAGGAGGCACACAAAAUAU